AUGUUCCUACUUCUGGUCAUGAAAAGUACAAAUAAUAAGAGAAUGGUAACUACUAGGGCGUACCCCUUAAGCGACGACACAAGUGAAGGAACUGCAGCAAAUACUAGGGCGUACCCCCGAAGCGACGGCAAUGUCAUCAGAGCAUCCACUCAAAUACCAAAAAUGCGCAUCGCAAGCUGGAACGUGGGCUCGAUGACAGGACGAAGCGCCGAGCUGAGCGAAGUACUACACCGCAGACGCAUCAACAUCUGUUGCAUUCAAGAGACGAAAUGGAGGGGGUCUAAAUCGCGAAACAUCGGGCAUAAUUUUAAACUUAUCUACCACGGGAUACGACCACAAAAUGGAGUUGGAAUUGUCGUAGAUAAGGACCUUCAAGAUCGCAUAGUUGAGGUAAACAGAAUAAGCGAGCGAUUAAUGUCAAUUAAGUUCGCUCUUGAUGACCAACCAUGCAUGAACAUCAUAUGCGCUUAUGCACCACAAGUCGGCUGCUCAGAAGCUGACAAAGAAAUUUUUUGGAAUGAGAUAGGCGAUCUGCUACAAUCUAUCCCGACAACAGAAUCGAAAUACAUCGGCGGCGAUCUAAACGGGCAUGUUGGACGUACAACAUCCAUGUUCAAAAGAAUACAUGGCAACUGGGGAUAUGGCAAUACGAACUCGGAAGGUGAGAGCAUCCUGCAAUUUGCAUCAACACACGACCUUGCAAUCGUCAACACGUUCUUCUCUAAACGCACCGAACAUCUAAUUACGUAUAAAAGCGGCGACGCAUGUACACAAAUAGAUUACAUAUUAACAGAUCGGGCCCGGUUAAAGACUUUCAGGGACUGCAAAGUAAUCCCCGGAGAACCGCUCACGUCACAACAUCGUAUUUUGGUCGCUGAAUUUAUAAUGCCAAAACCAACAAAAGUGAAACAAGAGAAGAUCUCGCGAAUACGUUGGCACAAACUUGAGCGGGAGGAGGGACAGAAGAUGUGUGAAGAUAUGGCAGAAUACCUUGAGUCACAACAAGAGAAUGCUACUAAUGACAUAUGGAGUGACUUCCAAUCCUUCUGCAACCAAAAAGCCAAACAAUGGCUAGGGGUAUCAAAAGGCCCCAUAUUUGGCAAAAAGGACACAAAAUGGUGGCAAGAAGACAUUAGGGAGAUUUUGCAUAUCAAGAAAACCCUCUUCAAGCAAUGGCAAACAACAAAAGAUGAAUCCGAUCGCAAAGCAUAUAAGGACGCUAAGAAGAAUGCAAAACGAGCCGUAGCACAAGCGAAGGCCAUGUCAGAUGAUGACUUCUACGCCAAAUUGGAAACAGCCACGAACGACAAAGAAAUCUUCAGAGUAGCAAAACAGCGCCACAGAGACAGCAGGGAUACAAAGACCAUUAAAUACAUAAAAAACGAACAAGGCCUACUCCUCACAUCAAACAAAGAUAUCAACGAACGAUGGAGAGAAAUUCUCAUUGACGGAAUGCCCGAUGACUGGAGAAGGAGUCUCCUGAUCCCGUUUUAUAAGAACAAGGGUGACAUCAGACUGUGUGGAAACUACAGAGCUAUAAAGCUCAUAUCACACUCCUUCAAAAUAUGGGAAAAAGUCAUUAACAGCAGACUACUCCAGCUUACCAAAGUGACUGAUAAUCAAUGUGGUUUCAUCGCAGGAAGGUCAACUACUGAUGCCAUACAUUCGAUCAGAAUUCUGAUGGAAAAAUAUAGAGAAAGCCAAACCGAUCUACACAUGGUAUUCAUCGACUUGGAAAAAGCUUUCGACCGUGUACCAAGAGAGCUUAUUUGGCAUGCCCUGAGGGCACAAAAAGUACCGGAGCACUAUAUAAUUUUGGUAAAGGACAUGUACCACAACGUUAAAACUAAAGUGCGAAGCCCAGCUGGAAUAAGUGAUGAGUUCGAUGUGACGGUCGGAGUCCAUCAAGGUUCAGCAUUAAGUCCCCUGCUCUUCAACCUCGUAAUAAAUUACCUCACGUCGGAAUUACAGCGUUCUCCACCCUGGGAUAUUCUCUAUGCUGAUGACAUCAUACUCAUCAGUGAAGAUCCCAAUAACCUACAGCAAAGGUUGGAAGAGUGGAGAGGAGCACUCGAAAGAGCUGGACUGCGAGUUAGUAGAGAGAAAACCGAGCACAUGCACUGCAAUUUCAGUGGCACCAACAGCAGAAACACCAUUUAUCUGCAGGAUGCUCCAAUAAAGGAAACCGACCGAUUCAAAUACCUCGGUUCGAUUAUAUGUAGUGAUGGGACAAUAGAUGCAGAUAUAACUCACCACAUAAAUACCGGGUGGAUGAAAUGGAGGGAGCUCUCUGGGGUACUCUGCGAUAGAAGAAUGCCCAUUCGCACCAAGGGCAGAGUAUAUAAAGCGGCAGUGCGUGCGGCCAUGACGUACGGCUCUGAAUGCUGGGCGCUGAAAAAGCACCAAGAGCAGAAACUCAAUGUCGCAGAAAUGAGAAUGCUAAGAUGGGCUGGUGGCAUAACAAUGGUGGAUCACAUCAAAAACAUCCACGUUCGAGGUAGUUUUAAGGUGACUCCCAUACAGGAGAAGAUAUUAGAGAGCCGCCUAAGGUGGUACGGUCAUGUCAUGCGGCGACCAUCAGACCACAUGACAAGAACAGUGCUUGACAUAAGUACCCAGCCCAGAAGACGCGGCAGACCCCGUCUCACAUGGAUGUCCGUUAUUGAGAGGGAUAUAAAAAGCGCCAAAAUAACAUCCCAGACGACCCAGGACAGAACGUCCUGGCGAAGACUGACCAGACGGGCCGACCCCAAAUAA